AUGGUGAGCUGGGAGCAACUCAUCAUCAACGCCUUCUCAUCAUGGUUACCGAUCCCCUUUUUCUCCAGUAGCAUCGUAGUAAUAAUAAUAAUAACCCUCCUCUUGAAAUUGAAAAGUAGCAGCAGCAGCUCCUCCACCACCGCGAAAAAAAACAUUCCGGGCCCACGGAGGUUCCCAAUCAUUGGGAACCUCCACCAGCUGGUCUCGGCCCUCCCCCACCAGCGUCUGUGCGACCUGGCCCGCGAACACGGGCCAGACGUGAUGCACCUCCGGCUCGGGGAGGUGCCACACGUGGUGGUGUCCUCGAGCAGGGCCGCGCGCGAAGUGAUGAAGACCCACGACGCCGUUUUCGCUUCCCGGCCGUCGCUUCUGGCCGCGGAGAUGAUGACGUACGCCGGGAGCGACCUGGUGUUCACCCGGUACGGGGAGAGCUACAAGCGCCUCCGCAAGAUCUGCGUGGUGGAGGUCCUCGGGGCGGGUCGGGUCCGGUACUUCCGGCCCGUCCGGGAGGAGGAGGUGGCCGAUCUCGUGCGCAAGUUCUCCCGGCGGGCGGCUCGCGGGGAGGCGGUGGACGUCAGCCGGGAGAUGUUCUGGCUGUCGAGCCGGAUCACGUGCCGGACGGUGCUGGGGAAGGCGAGGGAGCUGGACGACGGGUUUCUGAGGAUGGUGGAGAGUGUCUCGGAGGUCAUGGCCGGAUUCAAGGUGUCGGAUCUCUUCCCUUCCCUGAAAUUCCUCCCGGCGGUGACCGGGUACAAGGCUCAGCUGACGAGGAUGCGUCGGGAGAUGGAGUCGAUGCUUGAUGAGAUCAUUGAUGAACACAAGGAGAGGAGAGCGGAAGGAGGCGGCGGCGGCAAUGAGGAGGAUCUGGUUGACGUCCUGCUCAAUCUUCAAGCAAGCGGUAGCACAGACUUCAGCCUCACCAUGGACAACAUCAAAGCUGUCACUGUGGAAGUUUUCAUUGCCGGAGUUGAAACCUCCGCGACGACCAUAGAUUGGACGAUGGCUGAGAUGAUGAAAGACGAGAGAGUACUUCGAAAAGCACAAGAGGAAGUACGACAAGUGUACCGUGGGAAAACAAAUGUGGAUGAGUCAAGCCUCCACGAACUCAAAUACUUGGACUUAGUCAUCAAAGAAAGUCUAAGAUUACACCCCCCACUGCCUUUGCUUUUUCCAAGAGAGAGCCAAGCAAAAGUUGAAGUUUGUGGAUACGAGAUCCCUGCGAAAACCAAAGUGAUAGUCAAUUGUUGGGCUAUCGGGAGAGAUCCUCAGUAUUGGAUAGAACCCACCAAAUUUUAUCCAGAGAGGUUCGUGGACUCUACGAUAGAUUACAAGGGAAACAAUUUCGAAUUCAUUCCAUUUGGAGCCGGAAGAAGAAUGUGUCCCGGAAUGCUUUACGCGACUGCAGUUGUGAAACUCACAUUGGCAAACUUGCUAUAUCAUUUUGAUUGGAAGCUUGUUGAUGGAAUGGAUGCAGAAAAUUUGGACAUGACAGAAGCUUUUGGGGUUGCGGUGGGGAGGAAGUGCAGUCUGUGCUUGAUCCCUAUUGCAUAUGAUGACGUCCCAAUAUAA